CGAACAGGCUGGUUCGAAAGGUCAGAUCAGAUCCCAUACUCGCUCACUGGCCACGGCUGCGCCGCGUCCGCGUCGGCGGCGGACAGCCCGGCGCCGCUGGGUCUCCGGCUCUUCGCCGCAGACAUCCAAUCCAAAUACUGAAGGUCUGAAGUAGACUUUCCCAGCUCGUGGGUUCGACUUCUGCGAUCCCUUCCGUGGCCCAACGCCAUGUCCAACGCCGACGUGGGCGACGGCGACGAGGUCGUCCUCGACGCCCCCGGCUUCAUACGCGUGUACAAGAGCGGCCGCGUCGAGCGCUUCCUUCCGGUCGACUUCGCCCCGCCCUCUACUGACGCCGCCACCGGCGUCUCCUCAAAGGACGUCGCCAUCCUCCGAGACGCCUGCGUAUCGGCUCGCAUUUACCUCCCGGCGGCCCCCUCCUCCGGAAGUUACAGCGGCAAGCUCCCCGUCCUGGUGUUCUUCCACGGCGGCGGGUUCUGCCUCGGUUCGGCGUCCGACGCGGCGGUGCACGCCCACGCCAAUCGGCUCGCCGCGGCGGCCGGCGCAAUCGUCGUGUCGGUGGAAUACCGCCUCGCGCCGGAGCAUCCGGUCCCCGCGCUCUACGGGGACGCAUGGGCGGCGCUCCAGUGGGUGGCCGAGCACGCCGCGGGCCGGGGGCAGGAGCCCUGGCUGACCGCCCACGCGGACCUCGGGCGCGUCCACGUCGGCGGAGAGAGCGCGGGCGCCAACAUUGCGCACCACGCCGCGAUGCGCGCUGGCAGCGAGGAGCUGGGCCACGGCGUCAAGCUCAGCUCGCUCGUGCUGAUCCAUCCCUACUUCCUGGGAGGCGAGAGCUCCGAGACAGACGAGAUGGGCGUAGCGUUGCUCCGCGAGCUCGUCCGGCUGUGGCCGGUGGUGUGCCCGGGCACGAGCGGGUGCGACGGCGACCCGUUGAUCAAUCCGAUGGCAGAGGGCGCCCCCAAUCUCUCUACCUUGGGGUGCCGGCGCGUGCUGGUGUGCGUCGGGGGAAAGGACCCGAUGAGGGGCAGAGGAAGGCUGUAUUGUGAGAAGCUGAAGGGAAGUGGGUGGCGCGGGGAGGUGGAGGACUGGGAGGCGGACGGUCAGGGACACGGUUUCCAUCUCUCGUGCGCCAUGAGCGCAGAGGCGGAGGCGCAAGUCCGGGUCAUCGCUGAGUUUCUGAGCUAUGGAUGACAUCUCCGUUUAUCCACUCCUUCACGCGGCCAUGGUAGCACUUGCUGCCAGAUCACCAAAUUCUCUCAGGUGGACACUUGCAACCAGACCAUCUGCGCAAAGGGGCAAAGGAGGCAAAGAUGAUGGCCUGUUUCUGGAGGUCCAUUGCAUAAU